GGUAGGCACUGCAACCACGCUCUGGAAAUUUCAUAUUUCAUGAUUUAGAAAAUAAUCAGAAAUUGUUUGUUUUUUAUCUUUGACUUUUAAAAAACUAUACGAUUGUGAAAAGCCUAGUUUUCUUGUUUCUGACUAUACUUACAACUUACCAUCUGAAGAAGUCUAUUCUGUUGCUAGUGUUCAUCAACCUGUGGUUAAAACGCAGUUAAAAGUGAGUAAUCGCGCGACCUCCGCCACCGUGCCCGCGCCACUCGCCGGGGUCGCCCACGACCCACUCCUUUCCUGGGAGAACCCUCUGACGGCCGGUGUCCACAUCAAAGAGGAAGACCUCACCCCCCUGGAUCUCGGGAUAAAUGCGUUAGACUGGUUAACUCUGCCCGACGACGAUCCCUUCAUCGUGGAGUACGCGCGCACCACCAGCUGGCCCGACUCCCUGGGCCUGGGCAGUCCCGAGGCGUUGGCCGAUGCCGUCGGGCAGGAUGACGUCGGCACCACCGACCUCCCGCCCUACCUCAUGGCCACCGGGCACCUGGGCUCCCCCCGGCCGGAGGUGGAGUACGGCCAACGGAGUCUGACCAAAGUCAAACAGGAGACGGAGAUCCCCACCUUCCCGGCCUUCCCCGAUGGGUUUGACGAGCGGAAAUCCGUCACCCCUGACGAGAAGAUCACUCGUAAUCGCACAGCGGAGAAAGCAGGGUCCAAGAAGGCGGCGGUGAAGAGUAAGUCCUUCAGUCCUAGUCGGCCGCUGGUGGAACGCCAUAAACGCCAUUCGGAUGAUGACGGGGAUAGUGUGAGUAGUAAUCUGACGGACUACACGGAUGGGACGGACGGGUCGGGGACGGAUGGGAGUAAUCACGCUGCGGAUGGGCGGGUGUCCACGGAUGGACGACGGAAGAUGUCGCGACGCGAUGUGGAGGGGAUGCUGGCCGCCGCGGAGCACGGGGGUGCUGGGGAUGCGGGAUUGCCGUCCUUGCCGAAGAUUCCUACUGUGCCCUUUGCCGAGAAUGCCAAGCGACAGCGCCGUGACGUUUCCAUGUCCGCACCGGCUGUGGCCGCCCGCGAACUCCGUCUGAAAAAGAAACAACGCGAGGAGCAUCUGAUCACCGAGUGCAUGGACCUGAAAGCGGAAGCGGAGACGAUGGAACGCGACAUGCGGGAGGCGCGCGCCCAACUGGACCGCCUGCGGGAGGACGCGGCCUACCUGCGCAGUCUGGUCAAGUCGCAGCAGUCCGUGGUGGAUCUGCUGCAGUACCUGCAGAACGCCCCCUUCUUCAACAAGGACGGCCACACGGAGCCGGGCCUGCGUCUGGACGGGCGCAGUAUCCUGCGGCAGAUCAGCGGCAGCGCCCAGGACGAGAAGACGGCCAAGAAGGAGCAGGCCAAGGAGAUCGGCGGCAUCUGUCUGCACAUUAACGGCUCCAGUAUCACCCUGCAUUUAUGCUCGCACUGCAGCAGUGAGGCUGGCUCGAAGUAGUCCGCUGUGAUGAUGAUUGGAGCGCAUUGCUGUGUGGAUAUUUUGUGUAUUUAUGUAGGUAGUUUUUUUCUCUCGAGGGAUGAUGCUUUUGAUAUUAACACUUUUGAUUACUGACGCAGGUUGGUAGUAUUUUGCGUUAGAGCGUCUUGGGAGAUUCCCAAGAUGGAUUUCGUGUUUUGUUGGGUGUACUUUCUUCUCGCUUGUACAUACGCGGAAAAUCUGUCCAGAAUGAUCAUAUUGAAUUAUGUCGCUGUUAAUGUCAUUUCAGGUGCUCUGUAAUAGUUCUUUGCCGCAGAUUUAUUUUGUUCGUGUAUUCCAUUCCGCUAGUGGAUUCUGUUGAGGAGCGAAUCAUUUUCUCCGAUCGCAGUUAAUAAUAAAAUUAGGACGAAAAA